AUGUCUAAUUUCAAUCUCCCCCGCGAAAAGCGUUUGAAAGGAAAGUUCAAGGCAUUGCUCGAUCGUUUCACGGGCGCAGAUCGCUUACAUGAUGAACAUCCUAGCGGUUCGAGGUCAACGUUUACAAGGGCGCCAGAAGUUACGGGAGAGCGCAGUACCUCUCUGGGAGUUCGCAACGUUGUUAUGAGGGAUUCCAAUUUCUACGUGGCUCAAAAGAUUGAUGUUCAUGAACAUGGGGGUCAGGAUGAUAUGGCAUCGGGAACACAUCAUGACAUUCAGGCACCACAGCCACGCAUUCACAAGAAAUCAAGACCCGGCGACCUCCCUCACGCAAAAUAUGAGCACAUGUGCAAGGAACCUUUGCGAGGUUUCCAUGCCCCGAAAGAACGGAAGAAUUGCUGUGGAAGGGGUGGAUUGGGUUGGAUGGGGUUGGAUGGGGUUGGUCUUGUCGGAGACGAUCGUGGUCAGAAGAUCUGUGCUGACGCUGUUUUUGCCUUAGGAGUCCUAGUCAAACUUCAAGCGCUUUGUCGAGUUUGGGCCAGGAAUGAACCCGGAAGCUCACUAAAUUUCACGCAGGCCAUCAUCGACGGCCCAACAACGGGUGUUUCCCGCCAAUCCUAUUACUACAAACACCUCACCUUGGGCACAGAAGCGGGUCGCAGUACAGAAGAGACGAGUGUUUACCCAUUUCGGUCGCUGGAGCGCCAUGAUGGCGUGCUUCCUCGCAUAUCGCGAAAGUCAACCAUACGACAACUCGAUUUUGCCAACAAACGAAUUGGUGACGUAAACGCGGUGGUAUCGACGACAAACGGAGGGGGAGUUUUUGUGGUUGGUCUACGGUACGUACCCCUUAUGUUCGCCACAUUUGAAGCACACGACGUCUGA